GAACAUCUUAUUUAUUCUAUCCAAUAAAUGUCAUUUUUGGAACAAAAAACAUUUUAAAGCAUUCUCUGCAAGAGUGACGCCAUUUAUUCUGAAAUUUGGCUAAAAAAAUACAGCAGUCUCUUAUUUCCAAUUUUUAGGGAUGCAAUAAAGCCUGCACCAGGGUUGUGAAGUCGAAAAAAUGUGAUCAAAUCCGAUUCCAAUUGGUUAAAAUUUGGGUCCUGCAGACACAGACAAAGUCUAUCUAGAUGAAAGGUAGAGGAGUGGACAGCAGACGCAGUUGGGUAGUGGCCAUAGCAUGUGGAGUAGUAUUCUCCCUCAUCAACUGUCCAAUGAGGUUGGGGGCCCAGUUAUUUGUAUCUCUGAAAGACUGUUACGGCACCAGCAGGAAUGCAGCAUCUCUACCAUUCGAACUGGCCUACUUCACAAGAAGUAUAUCAGGUCCUUUGGCAGGAUAUUUUGGCGAAAGGAUUGGACUGCAAAAAGUGACUGCUAUUGGUUGUUUAACAUCGGCUGCAGGAAUGUUUGCAUGCUACUUUGCAAAUAAUAUUAUUACAAUUGACAUAUUCUUAGGAUUGGUGUUUGGAAUUGGUUACGGAUGGGCAACAGCUGUGGUUCCCGAAAUCAUCAACCAGCACUUCAUUGAGCAUAGAACUAAAGGCAAUGGCAUUGUUUUCGGAGCAAGUGGAUUGUCUGGUUUUCUUACACCGCCAUUGCUAGUUUUCGUUCUAAACACGUACGGGCAGUCCGCUUCAUUUUUAAUCAUUUCUGGAAUCAUUCUAAAUACCAUCCCAGCAGUGAUGUUAUUAACCAAGCCAGAUGAGGAAAAGGUACCUGAGUCAAAAACAACUGAAGAUAAUUUCGAAAAUCAGAAACUGGCGAAACAAAAAAACACAGAUUCAGAAACUGCACACAAAUUAAACAUAGACAUGUUUAAGGAAAAGAAUAUUUUAGUUCCUAACGAUUCCCACCACAAUCAAACUCCAAAGUUGGAAGAUACUUUUUCCAAGGACACAGACAAACAUAUCCUUUACAAUCCCUCAUUCACAUCAGUGCAAAACUCCACCAAUAAUCUUGUAGGUCAAAGAAAUGAAUUCGAUUCUACAAAAUUAAACUCGACUCAAAUAAAUCGACCCAUUCCAGUUGCUAAAAUUAUUGAAUUGAAUGUGAACGAUUUAACCAAUCAGUUGACUUCAGUGGGUGGAAAAAACACGUAUUUUAACCCAAUCGAUUCUGUUCCUAAAGACAAAGCAGAGACAUCUAUGUGCGAAUCCAUUAACAUUUUAUGGACGCCGACUUUUUUACUCAUAACAUUUGUUCAAAGUUCACAUUUCUACAUUAUGUACAUGUUUUGGACCAUCACCGUUGAUAUAGUCAGAGACAAGGGAGUGCAGAGAGAGUUGGAGGUAUAUUUUGUGAUGGCCCUCUCCCUUUUUGACACCAUAGGACGAUUCUUCUUAGCGUGUGUCACCGAUUGCACGCGUUUGACAGCAGCCCAUUUUAGCUCCGUAUGCUUUGCAAUGAUUGGACUGUCCUGUCUACUGCUAGUGUGGGUAUCGGGAUUUGAAGCAACUUUAUUGGCGAUCUGUUUACUUGGACUUAUAGUCGGAGGGAAUACAACAAGCCUUCCUGGUAUUGUCAAUGGUUUCAUUGAAAAGGAGAAGCGACCACUGGCAAUGGCUUCCAGACUUCUAAUGUAUGCACCCAUGAGUUUUACCAUGUCUCCUUUAAUAGGCUACUUCAGAGAGGUCCUAUCUUCUUAUAAUGGUCUUCUCUACAUUAUGAUGUCCAUGUGUUUUGCCUGUAGUAUUGUUCUUCAAAUCCUGUCUCACAUGCACAACACACGAAAGAAAACUGCACAAUUCCACUGAACAUUCAUGGAGUUUGAAACGAUAUGACGUUGCUAGCAGAAAAACUUAAAUAUUGUGUAAAUGUUUGUCUUUAGAUUUUGUAUAUGAAAAUAUUAUUAAUAAUUAAAUAACUAUUUGUAAUGUUUUCCGUAAGAAGCUACGUUUAAGUGUGUUUUUUAAAAGUCUUGUA